AUGAAAAUGAGAUCCCAGAGGAAGGAAGGUUCAGAUGUUCAAGACCAGAGAAACUGGCGAGCUGGAGACCGGGGCACUGGCAGGACUGCGUGCUCUCAGUUGUUGUUAUAGUGCGUUGCUUUUUCCCCCCAGAACACAGUCACUGCGGAUGACCAUGCUCCUGAAGACAACAGCUUCACCCUGAAUCCCGAGGACAGAAGAGAAUACCCUGAUCUCCAGGCUGCCCACCAGCCGUUCCCUAAACAGCGAUUCAGGCAAGAAAUCGGGCAUACGUCCUUGCAAAGAGAUGGACCCAGAUCUUUCCUCCUGGAUCUCCCAAACUUCCCUGACCUGUCAAAAGCAGAGAUCAAUGGGCAGAAUCCCAAUAUUCAGGUUACCAUUGAAGUGGUGGAUGGCCCUGACAGUGAGACAGACAAGGAUCUGCAGAAAGAAAGCAGCAAGCCUAGCUGGCCAGUCUCAUCACCUGACUGGAGAAACUGGUGGCAGAGGUCCUCCACCUUGACUCGCAUGAGCAGCGGUGACCAGGACUAUAAGUAUGACAGCACUACGGAGGACAGCAACUUCCUAAACCCUCUUGGUGGGUGGGAUAGUCAUGCACCCAGUCACCGGACAUUUAAGUCCAAGGAGCAGCCAGAGUAUGAUUAUAUUGAUGGUGAAGGAGACUGGAGCCCGUGGUCCCUCUGUAGUGUCACCUGUGGGAGCGGCAAUCAGAAGCGGACGCGGUCCUGCGGGUAUGCCUGCACCGCCACUGAGUCACGGACCUGCGACAGGCCCAGCUGCCCAGGGAUCGAAGAUACCUUCCGGACAGCUGCCACAGAAGUGAGCUUACUUGCAGGAAGUGAAGAUUUCAACGCCACCAAACUGUUUGAAGUUGAUACUGAUAGCUGUGAAAGAUGGAUGAGCUGCAAAAGUGAGUUCUUGAAGAAAUAUAUGCACAAAGUGGUCAAUGAUCUUCCCAGCUGCCCAUGCUCCUACCCCAGAGAAGUUGCAUACAGCACUGCUGAAAUCUAUGAUCGAAUUAAGAGGAAAAACUUUCGCUGGAAAGAUGCAAGUGGUCCAAAGGAAAAACUGGAGAUCUAUAAACCCACUGCACGGUACUGCAUCCGCUCCAUGCUCUCUUUGGAAAGCACAACGCUUGCAGCACAGCACUGCUGCUAUGAUGAUAAUAUGCAGCUGAUUACCAGAGGGAAAGGGGCAGGUACACCAAACCUGAUCAGCAUUGAAUUCUCAGCAGAACUCCAUUACAAAGUGGACAUUCUGCCUUGGAUUAUAUGCAAAGGUGACUGGAGCCGAUACAAUGAAGCACGGCCUCCAAACAAUGGGCAGAAGUGUACAGAAAACCCUUCAGACGAAGACUACUACAAGCAAUUUCAAGAAGCAAGGGAAUACUGAGAAGAUUUUGCUUCUCUUCAGGCACAAAAUAGCAUUCAUUUCCUGGAUGCUGAAGAACUGAUACUGGCUGCUGCAAUGUCUCCUUGACAGGGGUUGAUCAGUUUCUAAUGAAUGUAUAUAGUUGUAAUAUAAUCCGUAAGUAUUUUU